AUGUCUGUACAUCCCCUCUCUCUCGGGUGGUUGGUUGUCCACGCACUUAGUGCGAUGGAGAUGCAUCGAAGUGUGUUGAAACAGGGCCGUGAAGUCAACGGCUUUUGGCGAGAGCAUCCAUACUCGGAAAUGCUGUUGUCCUCCGAAGUCGAUUGGGGAGGGAAGGGGAAUCCAUGUCCAAGUGAGGAUAACCAGACACGACCGACGACGUGUCUAGGUCCGUUGUCAUUCGCCCACUGUCACCCAUUUCUCCUGGUUGAGGGCACGUCGGGGCCACAGCAUUCGUGCCCUUGUCGCUAUCCUCACGAUUGGUCCGUGUGCGUGCAUUCAGACGGUAGACCCGAACGUCAGCCUACGCACAAUCCACCUGGAGCCUUACAAAUAGCGCGCUAUCAGUUUGGCCAAACUCGAGCAAAAGGAGCAACUUUUGGCGUCUUCGCCGUCGCGGCGUCUAUAGGGGCUCUUCCAACUCUACGCAAGUUUAUUCUUGUCGACUUCAUUGAAACAGAGUGUCUCUCGGAGACACCCGAUACCACUCCUACAUUCUCCCAAAUCAAUUGGACAGCUGUGGAAGAGUGUUCAUGCAUUAACGUUGACUUUGAAUCGCUUAAAUCGUCAUCGUUGUUGGCAAGAGAGAUAUCUGGCUGGCCUCCUGAACCCGACGCCAAGCAGAUGUUUGACGCCAAACAGCUACUCUCAUCGCUUGGGCUCGCCGUUCAUACGGUAGCCACCAAAAAGUUGUAUGGUAUCUAUGCAGAUCCUUUUAGUCCUAAUGAGGAAGCGAAGCUGCCUUACAUAGCUGCCCGUUUAGUGAAUCAUCAUCUCUUAAUUCCGAUGCGCAGUUUGAGAGCACAUCAUCUUGGAAAUCUUGUCUCUCUUCGUGCAACAGUUGCUAGACUUGGAUCGAUAGUGCUCCUACAAGAAUCUGAUGAAGAUGAAAAUUGUUCGAACCAUCAGUCAACGACUGGCCGGGUUCCACAUAACCUCAUCUGUUUCGUUGAUCGAGACCUUGUUGACGCCUGUGUACCUGGUGAUUUCGUCCACGUUUGCGGCAUAGUUAGUCUCCUUUCAGCCACCUCCGAUGCUACCUCCCUUUAUUCUGCUGGGGUUCGCCGUCCAUUCAGUUCUACACAGGAGGCGUCUGGCAGUAGGACCAAUGUUUUCAACCUCUGCCUACGCGUGAACAAUCUGACGAGAAUCUUUAGCCGUGCGGGCGAAGGCAGUGACUGUACCAAAGUAACACAAUGCCUCACUACUCGGCAUCAGGAUUCUUGCACCAACGAGGAAAUUGCUGCGAAGAACCUGAGUAGUGUGAAUGACAUCCAAAUUGCGGAUGCUCACUUUUCAGUAAGUGACCUAUAUGCAAUUCGCGGAAUUGCAGAGGAGUCAAAUCUCUUCAACCUUCUCAUUACUUCCUUCUGUCCCUCAAUCUGCGGUCGAGAACUUGUCAAGAUGGCCAUUUUGCUAGCCGCUUUCGGUGGAUCGGCAAAUUCUUGGGGUCUCCGGGUGCAAUCUUCACAAAAAACCGGUGAGAAGUCCCCAGACUUAUCUAUGUCCUCGGAUGACGAGGGCGAGAGGGUCAGCGAUACCUUGAGCGUAGAGAUUGCAACAGCCCCACCUGGUGCCUUGACGAUUAGUGAGGAUGCAUUUGUACGGCGUUGUUCCUCACACGUUCUCCUCGUGGGUGAUCCGGGCAUUGGAAAAAGUCAGUUGCUAAGGGCAGCCGCCAGUGUGGCGCCUCGAGCUGUCUACGUUUGCGGCAACACCACAUCAGCUGCCGGUCUGACGGUGAGUGCCUGUCGAGACAAUUCGUCCUUCGGCCUGGAGGCAGGAGCUCUUGUACUCGCUGAUCAGGGCAUCUGCUGCAUCGACGAGUUUGAUAAGAUCUCUUGCGAUCCGGCGGCACUUCUGGAAGUCUUGGAGCAGCAGACAGUUUCUGUGGCGCGUGGUGGCUACGUCUGCAAUUUGGCAGCUCGCACUUCUGUCCUUGCUGCUGCUAACCCUGUUGUUGGGCAUUACGACUCCUCCAAGACCAUCUACGAAAAUGUUCGCAUUUCAAGAUCUCUCAUCUCACGAUUCGAUUUGAUCUUCAUUUUGCCGGAUCGGCCAUCCGAGAACCUCGACCGACGUUUAUCAGAGCACGUUCUGGCGCUACACAUGGGCCAGCGUAUGAAAGGGGACGGCAUCGAUACCAUAAACUUCUCUGUCACUCUGAAUGAAUCUGACAGCGGUGCAAAUUGCGACAAUUUGCCCCUUGAGAACCGUUUACGCAUUGGAACUAGCAACCGACGACUCAUCCCUCCUCACCUCCUUCGAAAGUACAUCACCUAUGCAAGGGCCUAUGUUCACCCUAGGUUGACUCAGGAGGCAGCUCAGUUUAUCCACGAUUUUUAUCUCAAGUUGCGAAAGCGUAAGAUAGAGGACAACGACCUAUUUCAGGUGACAAUUCGUCAAUUGGAGUCGCUCAUCCGUUUGUCAUCAGCCCGAGCUCGAGCUGAACUGCGUGAAGAGAUUACUAAACAGGACGCACGAGACGUGUGUGAUCUCAUGUUAGAGACGGGAUACGGCACAUCCCAGUCCCCAGGUUUAAACGGUGCCAUUUCGGCUAGCUUCGUAUCAACGAAGAAGCGCAAGAACGCGUCCGCUACAGGUGUUGCAGCCACUAAGUGUCUCCUUUCUGCUUUGCAUCGCGAAGCCUCUCGGCCGGGUGCGAGUCGUAUCUUUACGACUCAGGAGAUCGCCGGCAUCGCAGCGCAAAUCGGUCUCUCUGGUGAUGAUAGCAUUCUCUACCAGCGUUGUACCCCAGGCGGCACUUUGAGCAUCCUUAUUGACAACUUGAACAAUAUUGGGGCACUCCUGAAGCGUGGAGUGGAUCAAAACAAAGUUAUCCAUUGUGACCUGAAGCCCGAGAAUAUUCUUUUGGAGCGGUGUGGUUACACCAACGUAAAGGUCAUUGAUUUUGGUUCAAGUUGUUAUAUUGGGCAAAAUGCUUACGCCUACAUACAGUCAAGAUUUUACAGGGCUCCGGAAGUUAUCUUUGGCAGUGAGUACGAGGCACCAAUCGAUAUAUGGAGUCUUGGUUGUAUAGCUGCAGAACUUUUGACAGGCUCCCCACUUUUUCCUGGAGAAAAUGAACAGGAUCAGAUUGCCUGCAUAAUGGAAGUUCUCGGUCUUCCACCAGCUAGUAUUAUGCGAAAAAUACGAAGGCUGCAUCACUUCUUCACCGCUGAUGGUGUACCACGAUACCUCGCCGAAAGAGCAGAGCAACUUGAACAUCAGGAUUAUCACCAUCCCAAACGGAUGAAUCGGGCAGAUCCAGGUGCUCUCACUCUAGAGAUCCUUAUGAAGAAUUCUCUUGGUGAAGAAGACACUGAGCCUAAGCUGCUGGACUUCCUGUCCCGGUGCCUGCGUUGGGACCCGGCGGAACGAAUGACCGCAUGUGAGGCACUCCAACAUCCGUGGAUCCUCGAGGCGGAAGACCUUGCUCUUGACAAUGGUGUAGCCUCACCCAAAGAGAGAGCAGCCCCUUCAACUGAAGAGUACAAUGGAGCACUGAGGGCCUCCGCUAUUCUACCUCCGCCAGACGGCCUGUCCACUAGGCCAUACCAGUAG